AAAUUAAGCUUGGACAUAAUAUUACAAAAGAAGAAAAACAUGCUGUGUUUCACCUGAAGGACUUGGAAGUCAACCACACAGACAGUUACAUGUGCAAAAUUGAGGUGAUUGACCCGCCACCAUAUGAAACCGAAAGCAGGAGCAACUUAAUUUACGUGACAGAACUUCCUCCGCGCCAAGAAAAGCUUAAUUGCAUGAACAUGCCAAUGGCUAUUUCACUUGGAUUUUUUGUUUUCUACAGCCUGAUGAUCACAGCAGCCAUUUACUACUGUUGGCUGAAAAGCAAGAAGAAUAGGGCCCUUCAGAAUGACUAUUUCAAUAUGACGUCCUGGCAAUCAAAUGGACCCAGGAAAAGGCCCCCUCGGCAUGGUGCUCCAGCACGGAACUAUACGGCAUACCGUUAUUGGGAACCCUGAUGAGUAAUGUCUUCUCUACAAUGGAAAUAAGAACAGCCUAGCCAGAGCAGAAUGUGACUGUUUUCAAAGAGUUGUAUCAUGUUGUUCAUAGAUCUACAAAGGACAAAAGCUCUCUGUAAGUUAUGUUUCAAGCUGAUAGGAAAUAGGUUAUUACUAACAGUAGACUGGAAACAGAGGGAUGAUAGACCCACCCCCUUCAGUUUUAAGCAAAUGAUGGUUCCAAUUGCAUUUGUGAACUUUCCACUUUAGCCUUAACAGAAGGUUUAAAGGAUUAUAUCCAAAUUCUGGCAAAGAGUGGAGGUAAAAAUCUGUCAUAUUUUAUAUCAAAGAGAAAAUGCUGAAUGUAGGGUUUAAACAUAUGCUUAAGAAAUAAGAAGCAUCCAGCUCGGUGGGAGUGGUGCAAUAAAGAACAUUUUUCUGUUAUAAUAUGAAUUAGCUGGAAAGGUUUGCAAUCCUCUGCAGAACAGUCCCAAUGAACAGAUGACACUUUCUGCUAAAAAAAAUUAACCCGAAAAUCAUGUCUGGAAGACUUGAAGGAAUAGUGGGAAACUAUUUGCAGUGAUAUAUAGUUUUCCACGGAUACAUAAAGAAGAUGCUGACAAAGAAUUGGGCAAAGAGUAAUGAAGGGAAAGCCUAAGUAAUAUAUUGCUAUCCAAAUAGUUCUAGUUCCCACUGUAAGAAGGGAGUAUUUUUCUUUCUUGAUAUCAGAUAUCAAUUGAAUACCAAAAUGCUGGUAUGCACAGGGUUCUAUGCUUAUAGCUAAGAUGAAAAGGGUUCUUGCUUCGUUGGUUUCCAUUUCCUAUGUUAAUUAAAUGGGUUCAACAUAGGUUCAAACUCAUACUCAACGCCUGGAUAGCUUUGUGUGAGUUUCAGCCCAAUCGUCUUACAGUGUUGUUGUAGGAGGAGUCACACUUUUUGCACCCCUCUGAGCAGAUGGGAUCAUCGUAUUUCGAUCAUUCAAGCAGAAAUGGCACACUGUAAACAUUUAAUACAUUACAGACCUGUGGAUGUGUAAAUCCUCCUUCCUGUUAUAAGCCAGCAAUAAAAUACCGUGACCCGUCAAAAGCGCGUUCCACAAAAGCGCGGUCGACGAAAUCGCGUAUGUGACGUC